AUGCUCGCUAAGUCCCUCGUUUCUUUGGCCACUUAUUUGGCUUGUGCUAAUGCCCUUAUUCCUCUCACCAUCAAGGGUAACCGUUUCAUCAAACCUGCCACCAAGGCCUCCGAUGAUGGUGAAGUUUUCUUCUUGAAGGGUGUUGAUUAUCAACCUGGUGGAUCCUCUGCUUACACCGGUGACGACGCCGAUGGUGAUGUCUUAUCUGAUGCUAACGCCUGUUACCGUGAUGCGUACGUCCUUCAACAAGCUGGUGUCAACAUUAUCCGUACCUAUACCGUCAACCCAGACGUCGACCAUGAUGAUUGUAUGAGUAUUCUUAAUGAUGCUGGUAUUUACGUUCUUUUGGAUGUCAACUCUGCCCUCGACGGUCAAUCCUUGAACAGAGACAGUCCAUCCUCUAGUUACAACGCUGAAUACCUUACCAGAGUUUUCAAGGUUAUCGAAGCUUUCAAGGGUUAUCCAAACUUGUUGGGUUUCUUCUCUGGUAAUGAAAUCAUCAACAGUGAAAGCUCUGCUAAGUUGUCCCCACCAUAUAUCAGAGCAGUUCAACGUGAUAUGAAACAAUAUAUCGCUGCUCAUGCCAACCGUACCAUCCCUGUUGGUUAUUCUGCUGCUGACGUCUCUACCCUUCUUAAGGUCUCCUUCAACUAUCUUUCUUGUGACAACGAUGACGACUCUCAUGCCGAUUUCUUCGGGCUUAACUCUUACGAAUGGUGUUCUGGCUCUACUUACUCAACCUCUGGUUAUUCUACUUUGAACAGCACUUUCUCUAACGCUUCCGUUCCAGUGUUCUUCUCCGAAUACGGUUGUAACACUGUCACCCCACGUACUUUUGAAGAAAUCUCCGAAGGUAUCUUUGGUGGUUUGUUGAACACCUUCUCCGGUGGUUUAGUCUAUGAAUAUGCUGAAGAAGCUAACGAAUACGGUCUUGUUGUUAUCUCUGACUCUAACGAUACUUUGUCUUACAAGACUGAUUACGAUAACUUCAAGUCCGAACUUGGUAAGGUCAACUCUUCUCUCUCUAUUGCAGAAUCCUCAGUUGUCAACCGUUCUCUUGCCAGUUGUUCCUCCUCUCUCAUUCAAUCUGAAGACUCUUCUUUCAACCUUACUUUCACACUCCCAUCUCAACCAAGUGACAUCACCAAAUUGAUUAAGAACGGUGUCUCUGGUGCUAGCGAAGGUGCUAUCGUCAAUAUUGAUGCCAAAUCCUCUAACUACACCAUUUUGGACUCUGCUGGUGAUGAAGUUGACAAUGCUAUCGUCUCCUUUAGCGGUGAAAAUGAAGUUAACUCCCAAGAUGGUACCACCCCAAGUGUUGCGUCCCCAUCUACUUCUGCCGUCUCCAGUUCUAGCUCCACCACCAAGGCCGCUUCUGCUGCCAAUACCAGUACCAGUAAGGGUGAAGCCGGAGUGUACAAUGCUGGUCAAAUCGGUCCAGUUGCUGGUUUGAUGGCUUUGAUGGUCUCUGCUCUUUUGUAA